UAGGCAGUUUCUAAGCCUUCCCAGCAUUCCCCGGGGCUGGCAAGAUGGCCGCCUCCAGGAGCUCGAGGAGACGCGUCCGGAGGGCUCCGCGAGAGUAAGCUGUCUCUCGGACUCACUCCAGUGGAGGCUGCUCGCUUGCAAAGAGGGCCAUGGAGACGUGGAAUGUUCUCUGUUCCCAUUUGAUGUUCUUGUGGCUCAACCGAUUCUACCUAUACUCAGGAGCGGCUUUGGGAAUCACCCUCUGGAUCUGCCUCCAGCUUGUCAGUAAGGCCAAAAAGCAGAAUGGAAAUCAACUCGGAGAAUCAAGCCUUCCUAAAGUUGCCGUGGAGGGACUUGCAGGAGGGCCGAAAGACCCCGCUGACAAAAUCCAUGUUGCCGGGGUGAAGGUUUUUUAUGGUUCUCAGACUGGAACAGCAAAGAGAUUUGCACUGAUUCUUGCUGAAGCUGUAGCCGCCUUUAAUUUGCCGGUAGAAGUCAUUGAUAUGAAAGACUGUGACCCAGACGACUCUCUGGCAGACGAGACAAGCAGCAAGAACGUUGGUGUGUUCUUAGUGGCUACCUACACGGAUGGGAAGCCAACGGAGAAUGCAGUGUGGUUCUGCAAGUGGCUGGAAGAGGCGUCCAGUGACUUCAGGGUCGGCAAAACGUAUCUGAAGGGCUUGAGAUAUGCAGUCUUUGGGCUGGGGAAUUCGCUGUACGCCGACCACUACAACACCGUGGGCAGAAACGUCGACAAGUGGCUGUGGAUGCUGGGUGCUCGGCGCAUCCUCUCCUGCGCCCGGGGGGACGCCAACGUUGCAGCAAGCAAACACGGGAGCCUGGAGGCUGACUUCGAGGCCUGGGAGGCCAAGUUCCUGGCGCGGCUCCGGGCCCUCUGCAGAGGCGAGAGGAAGGCCUGCAGCGGGAGGUGCAAGAAGGGCAAGUGCCGACCGAAAUGGAAGUCCGGCCAAGAGGCCUCUGAGCCACAGCACGAGGAGAAAGAGGAGGCGGAGGGGGAGCUUUUCGAGACCACGAGCGAGGAGGAGUCCGGCAGCGAGGAGAGAGAAGGCGCCGAUCGGGUGGUGGAUGUCGAGGACCUGGGCGACGUGAUGGGCCACAUGAAACAAGCCCAGAAAGAGCACGAACUUGACGAAGGGGCAGACAGGAUGGGCAGACUCCAGCGGGGCCGAAGAGAGGAGGUGCGGAGAGAGAUGAUCACGCCGGCUCUCCGAGAUGCACUCACAAAACAAGGUUACAAGUUGAUCGGGAGCCACUCCGGAGUGAAGCUUUGCCGGUGGACAAAGUCGAUGCUCCGCGGACGAGGAGGUUGUUACAAACACACGUUUUAUGGCAUUGAGAGCCACCGCUGCCUGGAGACCACGCCCAGCUUGGCUUGUGCCAACAAGUGCGUCUUCUGUUGGAGGCACCACACAAAUCCUGUGGGCACUGAGUGGCGAUGGAAGAUGGACCCGCCUGAAAUGAUCUUGCAGGAGGCCAUUGAGAACCACCAGAGCUUGAUCAAGCAGUUCAAAGGGGUCCCAGGGGUGAGAGGCGACCGCUUUGAAGAAGGGAUGGAACCCAAACACUGUGCCCUCUCUCUGGUUGGGGAGCCAAUCAUGUACCCUGAAAUCAACCAGUUCCUAAAGCUGCUCCACCGUCGCCAUAUUUCAACCUUUCUAGUUACAAAUGCACAGUUCCCAGAGGAAAUCAGGAAUCUCGAGCCAGUGACACAGCUCUACGUCAGCGUAGACGCCGGCACAAAAGACAGCCUGAAGAAGAUUGACCGCCCCCUCUUCAAAGACUUCUGGCAGAGGUUUCUGGACAGUUUGCAAGCCUUGGCCGAAAAGCAACAACGCACAGUCUAUAGGCUGACACUAGUGAAAGCGUGGAACGUGGAAGAACUGAAAGCCUAUUCUGAGUUGGUGUCUCUUGGCAAACCGGAUUUCAUAGAGGUUAAGGGUGUGACCUACUGUGGAGAAAGCUCUGCCAGCAACCUCACCAUGGCCAACGUGCCGUGGCACGAAGAGGUGGGACGUUUUGUCCAGGAGCUGGCUGACCUUCUCCCGGACUACGAAAUCGCCUGUGAGCACGAGCACUCCAACUGUCUCCUGAUCGCCCACAAGAAGUUCAAGAUCGACGGGGAAUGGCACACUUGGAUCGACUACGAUUGCUUUCAAGAUCUGUUCCGCCGGUACGAGCAGAGCCGGGGAGCCGCGACGUUCACCUCCACCGACUACGUAGCCCCGACUCCUCAGUGGGCCGUGUUUGGGGCAAGGGAAAGGGGGUUUGACCCCACGGACACGAGGUUCCAACGAAAGAACAAAACAAAGGACAUCUCGGGGUGCUGACACCUUGAAACCAACAACAGUCUGGGCCCUUUUUAGAGCCACGGUCUAGAGCAGCUUUCACCAGCUUGGCGCCCUCUGUGUGUUUUGGACUACAGCUCCCAUCAGCCCCAGCCAUCCUGCGUGGCGGCAUGAUGCAGGGGCUGAUGGGAGCGCGGCCAUGCCAUGGUGGGAGUUGUGGUCGAAAGUAUCUAAAGGGCGCCAGGUUACAAAGGCUGGUCCAAACAGUUUCAGGGAGAUUUUCGCUUUUUACGUUAGUCUCCGAAAUCUUUGCAAAAAAUAACUCAUUUGAGAACUUUGAUGACCACAAGACAAACUGAGGUAUUUUCCCCUCCCCUUUAAAAAAAAAAAGUCUUGGUGAGCAAUGUGCUUUUGAAACAGCAGGCAAGAGUGAUCUGUCGUUCUUCAGCAAGAUAGCUCUGAAAUCUUUGUGCCUCUCACUCCCGGGGUCAGUUGCCAUAUUUUGUUCUCUUUGCAGUCAUGGAUGCCCAAUAUUCCCUUUUACUUUCUGAGUUGAUCCCUUGAACGGGGCAGAUUCCUGCCACAUAGCCUGGGUGGGGGGUCCACAUUCCUUGCCUCUGUGUGUGUGUGUGUGUGUGAGAGAGAGAGAGAGAGAGAGAGAGAGAAAUUCACAGCUCCUGUUUCCCUUCACGUUUUUUCCACUUGCAUCUCUGUGGGUAGCGUUGCUUCAAGUUUCCAAGACUGUCACGAGGGAGAAAAAAUAACAGAAACAUUUCCCAAAUCACACCCACUCGCUUUGUCCCCGCAGACUGUGAGUGGAGGUGUUUGUCCUAAAGGCGACUCGGAUGUUUUCUGGGUCACGGGCCUCGUGGAAACAUGAGGGCCUUUCGUUCCUGUUGUAAUGCAGGAAGCGAACAGCUGUGUCCAGUUUCUGACGUCGAGGCCUUGAGCUCUUUGUUACCUCUUUUCGUUUCAGUUAUUUGGGUAACUCAAAUCAUCCCUCAGUAAACAGAAAACAAGUUGCCUUGAAUGUGGGUGUUGGCAACUUAUAAAAGGCCUCUCUCACUUCAACCGGAUUCCGUCACGCUUAAUCUGGUUUAACUGUCCUGGUGUAAUCGCUCACUCACUCGGAAUUCUGGGCACUGCAGUUUUGUGUGAUGCUUUCCGGAGGCUUUUCACAGGACAGCAGUUAUCGGGUCCCCUUGCAGCGGACCUGUGACAGUCUUGUUUUACAUUGGUGUUUUGGACAAACCCUCCGCACAACCUGAGCAGGUGUACAAGAUUUCCCCCUGCCUUGCUCCCUGGCUUCCAGCACUGUGCAGUCUUGAGACCUCCGUUACAUGAGAUGGAUUCUGGUGAAAAAUAUUGGGAAUGGAUAUUAUAUUUCUAUGCUCCUUGUACAGAACUGUAAUUCAGCCAUACAGAUUGCCCAGUGAGAGUCCCUGUUUCUUUAAGGCUGUGGAGCAUUAAAAUGAAAUGCUCCUUGUAUAGCUGUGACUGUGGUCAUAGGCAGCCUCAACGCACAGCUCGGGGAAGAGGGUUUGCACAGCUGAAGGCGAUUUGAAAUGUUCACUGCAAUUGCUCAGCCACUCGGACGGGCAAGCCAGUUUUAAAUAGAAAAGUGACUUGCCCCUUCUGCCAGGGGGUGAGAUACUUCAAAGGUAGAGACACUAUGAGAGAACUAGAAAAGGUCCUCAAAUGCAAAGAGGUAUCACUGAGCACUAAAGUCAGGAUCAUUCAGACCAUGAUAUUCCCAAUCUCUAUGUAUGGAUGUGAAAGUUGGACAGUGAAAAAAGUGGAUAAGCGAAGAAUCAACUCAUUUGAAAUGAGGUGCUGGAGGAGAGCUUUGUGCAUAUCAUGGACUGAAAAAGACAAAUAAUUGGGGGUCAGAACAAAUUAAAACAACUCGCUAAAAGCUAAAAUGAUGAAACUGAGGUUAUCAUACUUUGGACACAUCAUGAGAAGACCUGACUCACUAGAAAAGACAAUAAUGCUGGGGAAAACAGAAGGAAGUAGAAAAAGAGGAAGGCCAAACAAGAAAUGGAUUGAUUCCAUAAAGGAGCCACAGACCUGAACUUACAAGAUCUGAACAGGGUGGUUCACGGCAGAUGCUCUUGGAGGUCACUGAUUCAUAGGGUCGCCAUAAGUCGUAAUCGACUUGAAGGCACAUAACAACAACAAAGAGAUACUCUGGCCUGUGAGCCCAAUUUAGUCUGCCAGGUCUUCCCUUGCAGCCUUUGAGGCUGUUUCACCCAAGUCAUGCCCAACCUUUGACAUUAGGGGUGGGGCAGGUAACUACACGACUCCCUCCCUGAUCGUCUGCAACACACUGUGUAUUUGUGCAGCUUGAUUUCAAACUGCAAGCGAAAGGACGUGGCACCUGAUGCUAUUUUCAGGGUGUUGUUAGUGGCUGGAUGCAGUUCCUUAACCCUGGGCUACAGUAAAAACUAUGAAUCCACCUCUAUCUGCAGUGAUUUGGGUAUUUCUCCCCUGACACGUGUGCCUGGCUGCUGAGGAUGGCAGGCUGUGUGGGUCAAUCUUGAAAAUGAAUUUUCUUGGGGAUCCAGGAAUGUGACAUUGCCUUUCUGGGCCCAGCCCUGUUUUAUUGACCACCUCUGUGCUUAUGAGUUUGCUUUUUUGAAAAAAACCAUUGCAUUGCCAUUUUGCAAUGCCAUUAAUACUCUUGACAUGUGAAAAGCUCUGCUUAAUUAUUGUUUGUGGGAUUUGUAAAUACCUUUUUUCUU